UAUGCCUGCUUUAGAGACUUUAAGAAAAUCUACUAAAUUUUUCUCUCCUUUCACUUAAAAAUAAUUGAUAUUAUUUUAGGAGUACUUCAGAUUUUUAAGUUUCAAAGAGAAAACAUAAAUUACAAGAAGAGGAGAGCCAGUAGAUUUUUUAGGAUUUAUAUUGAAAGGAUAAGUACAUGGAUUUGUUGAAAAUCAACAUAAAAUAACAUUGACAGAAGGAGAUUGUUUAGGUCAUAUGGCAUGUAUAAAAUUGGCAGGGUAUCAAAUAAAUUUUUAUAUUUCAGAUGUGAAGUAUAAUAAAUUGAUUACUUUGCAAAAGAAGAAGGAUAUAUAGCAAUAAUAAGAUUAGAUGAUUUAAGAAUUUUAUAGAAACGUGAUUCAGAGUUUUCUACUUUCCUUUAUAAAUAAAUUUCACUUUUUACAUUGAAUUCAGUUUCAUAACAAUAUUUAGGUUAAGAAUAUUAGAGUUUACCUGAAUAGACAAUAGUAGAAACAACAACUAAAAAAAUAAUGUUUAUGUUAGAUUAAUUAGGAGUAAAACCAGAUCCUGAACCAAAUAAAAAAAAGAAAGAUAAAUUAAUAGUAGAAGAACCAAGAAAUUUAAGAUAUUUUUGGAAUUAAUUAGAUUAAAGAGAUAAACGUGCAUUUGUAUAAAAUUGUACUUUAAUUGAAACAAAAACUUAAGAACUUUUAAUUAGAUCUCAUUAAGCAUCAAAUGUAUUUUAUAUUGUUUUAGAUGGAGAAUUAAUUGAAUUUUAAUAAAAUUAACCAUCUAUUAUCUUUAAAUAAGGAGAUACAAUUGGAUUAAAACAAUUUCUUAUUAAUGCAAAUUAAGAGAAUAAUAUUAUUUCUAGAAUGAAAUGUUUAUUAUUAAGAAUAACAAAAUCAAAUUUGGAUGAUAUUGCAACUGUUUCAGGUUAAAGUGCUUGUUCAAUUAUAACUAUGUUAACUAGAUUUGAAGCAUAAAAACUUAAAGAAUCAUUUGAAAAAUAAUUCAAAGAUGAAUAAUAAGGAUUAUAAAGAAAAGUAGUAGCAUUAGUAGAUGAAUUAUCUUAUGCAUAUAAAGCUGUUAGUAAAAAAGAUUAAUAAAGUCCAUCUUAAUUGAUGAAUAAUUUUUUUGAAAUUGAUGUAAACAAAAUGAAAUAAGAUGAUAAAAGUGCAGCAUCAUAAUUAGAAAAAUAAAUAAUUGCUCCAUUAUACUUAUUAGAUGUAUACAAAGAUCUAGUUGCAAAAAGAUACUAUUAACCAAAUGAAGUUAAGGAUAGAAAGGAUCCUAUGUUUGAAAGUGGGUUAAGUAUAUUUAUAAGAGAUAAACUAAGUGAGUAAAGAACAUAAGCCUAAAAGAAGAAGGAGGAACUUAAAAAGGCUCGUAAAUAAGGAAAAACUAUUAAGGAAGAUGAUGAUGAUAUAGAAAUACAUAUGGAUCCAAAUUAAUUGGUUUUGGAAGAACUUAAUAAUGAUUAUUAUAAGAUUGUAGAUGAAAGAGAUAAAUUUUAAGAAUAUACAUAUUUAUUGGAAUAACAGAUAAAGUAAAUGAAGGAUGAAUUUAAAGAGAUGAAAGAAGAGCAUUAAAGAAUGUAAACAUAAAUUAGAAAAAAUGAAAUGCAUAAAGAAUUAUUAUCCUUAGAUUUAGCUUCAUAAUUAUUGUAACCAACAGAUAGAACAACUAAAAAGAAACAUACCUUAUAUGAUAAUGUAAAUUAUAUAUAUUAUUAGUAUCCAAUAGUAUUUAGUACAAGUUUAAGAAAAUAAAAAAUUUAAAAAAACUGUUUAAGUUGCAGAGAAAGUUUUAACAAUGAGUUAAUUGCAUAAAUUACAAUUUUGA